CGUUUUGGCCCGGUUAAGUUGAGUGGUGUAAAAACUGUUAAUAACAUCAAACAGCGUGCUGUAACUGAAGAAGAAUCGUCUGAGUUUGAGAUGAUCUUGUCACUAGGAUUGACAUAGGACAUUUCCCCCAUGUAAAUAUCACUGAGGCUCCUUUCAGACCAUGGCCAUAAAUUCCAUCCACUGGUUCCGUAAAGGACUGCGUCUCCAUGAUAACCCUGCCCUGCUGGACGCUAUUCGCGGGGCAGACACUCUGCGCUGCGUUUACUUUUUGGAUCCAUGGUUUGCUGGCUCUUCCAACCUUGGAGUCAACAGGUGGAGGUUCCUUCUGCAGUGUUUAGAGGACUUGGACAACAGCCUUCGGAAACUCAAUUCCCGCCUUUUUGUCAUCCGGGGCCAACCUGCGAACAUCUUCCCUCGGCUCUUCAAGGAGUGGAAGAUAACACGCUUAACCUUCGAGUGCGACUCAGAGCCGUUUGGGAAGGAGAGGGAUGCGGCCAUCAGAAAGCUAGCGUCAGAGGCUGGAGUGGACGUCAACGUUAAAAUCUCACACACGCUCUAUGACCUUGACAAGAUCAUUGAGUUAAAUGGAGGUCAGCCCCCUCUAACUUACAAGCGCUUCCAGACCCUGGUCAGCAGUAUGGACCCUCCUGAAGCUCCCCUGGAUCCUCCAUCUAAGGAGUUCAUGGGCAAGUGCACCACACCAGUGUCUGAUAACCACCAGGAAAAGUACGGGGUUCCCUUACUGGAAGAGUUAGGAUUUGACACUGAAGACCUGGCUCCUGUAGUCUGGCCUGGAGGGGAAUCAGAGGCUCUGGGCAGAAUUGAGAGGCACCUUGGGCCAGAUUCUUCCACCGCCUGGCAAGAAAACUUUGAAAGGCCAAAGAUGAAUUCUAGUCCUUUACUGGCCAGCCCACUGGGCCUGAGUCCAUACCUGCGCUUCGGCUGCCUCUCCUGUCGUCUGUUUUACUCCAAACUCACAGAACUCUACAAGAAGGUCAAGAAGAACGGUAAUCCUUCCAUCUCCCUCUAUGACAAACUGCUGUGGAGGGAGUUCUUCUACACGGCUGCCACGAACAACCCACGCUUUGAUAAAAUGGAGGGCAACCCCAUCUGCAUACGGAUUCCGUGGGACAAGAACGCGGAGGCCCUGGCCAAGUGGGCCGAAGCCAAGACGGGCUUCCCCUGGAUAGACGCCAUCAUGACCCAGCUCAGGCAGGAGGGCUGGAUCCACCACUUGGCCAGACACGCCGUGGCUUGUUUCCUCACCCGCGGGGACCUGUGGAUCAGCUGGGAGGAGGGCAUGAAGGUGUUUGAGGAGCUUUUGCUGGAUGCUGACUGGAGCGUGAACGCCGGCAGCUGGAUGUGCCACUCCUGCAGCUCCUUCUUUCAGCAGUUCUUUCACUGCUACUGCCCGGUGGGCUUUGGCCGUCGCAUCGACCCCAACGGGGACUUCAUCAGACGCUAUUUACCUGUCCUCCAAGAUUUCCCAGCCAAAUAUAUCUAUGACCCGUGGAACGCCCCAGAAUCCGUGCAGGUUGCGGCCAAGUGCAUCGUGGGAGUUGACUAUCCCAAGCCCAUGGUGAACCACGCCGAAGCCAGUCGCCUCAACAUCGAGAGGAUGAGACAAAUCUAUCAGCAGCUCUCUCGUUACCGAGGGCUGAGUCUUCUUGCCACUGUACCGUCCAAUCAUGUUGAGGAUCUGAAUGUGAAUGGAAAUCAGGGUGCAAUAGUUCCCUCUCCUGGCAGGAGAAACCGUGGGAUCUCUGUACCCUAUGGUAGCCGGAGGGAGGCCAGGGCCACUGCAGGGACAAGUGGAGAGCAGCCUGGACCAAGUCGAAUGAAGCAUCGCAGCACAGGGCAAGGGAAACGAACGGCGUCACACCCUGCUCACGGAUCUGCUAGUCAAAAUCUCCAUCCUAAAGACAGCUCUCAUACAUUUGCUGUGCCCCAGCAUCCAGGUCAGCAGGGUUGUUUGGUAGCGGGCGGCGGCUCAGGGAAAAGAGAGCGGGAGGCGGAGCAGGACCCGGGCGGGGACGAGGCGUCCUCAUCCUCAGCUCACAAGGUACAGCGACAAAGUAAAGAGAAGAGCACUGACCAACCACAGGAGAACAUGGCUUUCUCAUCCUGAGCGGCACCUCACACAGAGCUCGGUGUACUGUAUUAUAACCAUACAUUCAUCUAUACCCCUAGGUUUUUUAUUAUUAUUAUUAUUAAAUACAAAGUACCAAACCUCUACAAAAAAACUGAAAUGGAAACUUUUCUUAUGAAUUCAUACCAGUUCCUAUUGACGUUUUAGACAGAAAUUUUCAAUACAGCUCGAUUUUGUAUUCAAUGAGCAAACUGAAGAUUGGAGUCUAAUCAUAUGAUUAUUACCUUUAUGUGAUAUAAGACUAAACAUUUAGUCUUUAAACUGUAAAAUCUCACGCCAAAGGUAAAAUCAGUAUAGAUUUACCACAUGAUAAAGAGCAAAAAAAAUAAAUAAAUAAAAACCACACAAAGAAAAAUUCAAACAUUUUGUACUCACAAACUGAGAACUUUGAAUAGACCUGCAUUGCAAAAUCUAAUGUGGUGUCUUACAAAAACAGACAGCUAAACUUACAAAGAGAUCAGGGCAUUGAAACGUACCGUAAAAGACAAGCAGCUGUUAAAACCCACCAGUCUGUCUGAUAAUGCUGACCUGCAAAAAUGUGAUGGAAGUAUAACUACAGUGUCUUCAUUUUGUUAAAAAAAAAAAAAAAAAAAAAUCCACGCCGGCCUUUAAUUACAGUUCCGUCUGUCAGUGAGGUCAGAAAAAUUUGAGCAGGUUUAUUGUUGAUCCCAUGCCCUUGGCCUGUGGUAUGAAGUUCAGUUUGGUUCGAUGAAACAUUUGAGAUGGACUAGUCAAUCUCUCGUUAUCGUUUGAAUGUUGUCUGGGUUACAGGGUUAAUGACAUCUUAAUAAACAUACCUGCAAGACAGUGUAUAUACAGCGAGGUUUUACUGCGUCUGUCUUACGGCGAUUAGCAAACAAGGGUCUUUCAGUAUUUACAGAUGUCCGUCUUCACCCCUCGGAGCACUUACAUCAGUGUUAACAUUUAUGAUUGUCAAGUUGCCUGUUCUUUUGAAAGUUUGUGAUCUGAUAAUUUGUUGUCCAGUGUAUGAUUUCAUGUUAGUAUUAUAUCAUCUUAAGUCUGGGUACGCAGCCAAACAGAGAAGUCUUUUAGGACUUUGAUCAUCAACUUUAGCAGGUUUUAUGAGUCAUCUCAUCCAGUCUUCCAUCCUCUCAUACAGAAAAGUAUUUUUUUUUUUUUUUUCCAUUGACAGUACCCUGCACUAAGCACAGGAUCCACGUGAACCAAAUUUUAUGUUAAUGCCUUUGUGUGUUUUUUUUUCCCCCUUCCAUUUAUGUCCUACUUUUUCUACAUAAUAGUUCAUUUUCUUUAAGCUGUACAUUAAAGCUAUUGUUGGCUUUCAUUUUUUUCUACAGAAACUUUGUAACUCUGUUAUGGUUUUAAAGUUUAUAAUGAAAACAGAGGUCAGAUGUGUAUGCACAUUUAUCUCAGCCGUUGUCUGUGUAUAUUGU